AUGAAAAUAUUUGUAUGUUUCUUAAUCUUCAUAUUCUCUCAACAAUUCGUCAAUUCUGUACAACCAUAUUUUCCCGAACAGGUAAUUUUCUCUCCUGAUAAUAACAAAACAAUCAUCGCCAUUGAUGGAAUUAAUCAACGUGCGUAUUUAAAACUUAAUGUAAGUUCCGAUGAUACUGAUAUUGCUUACGUAAUGCAACAUAUCCCGUACGCCAAGUCGGGCUCAGCACAAGCGAAGCAUUAUGUUCAAUUAAUUUUAAAUAAACACAAGGGAAAUACUCAAUGUUCUUAUUUAACGUAUUGGGAAUACAGUUCUAAUGCGUUUGGUUUGUUUCCAUCCCAUUGGGGUAAUGAUAGUUCAUAUCGAAUUACAAAUUAUUUGAAUUUUAACUAUCGAAUGAUUUAUUCGACGAACACAUCGACAAAUGAAGAUUAUUGGUAUUCAAAUGAAACGUGUCGAGUCGAUACUGGUGAAGUUUAUCGAUGUCAAGAAAUUUACUUUCGUAAAAAUACAAAUAUACCCAUUCGAUAUUCUGAAGUUGUUCUAGUUGAUUCGGAAACUAUUCGACGAAUUCAGAACUAUACAAUUUAUUCAAUAGAAAGGCCAAGUGACGCAUAUUUCAAGUCAAUUCCAAAAAAUUGGUCUGAUAUAUGUCGAGAUGGUGAUCUGGGAAUAUCUUAUAAUCCUGAUCAUAUCACAUUAAAAUUAAACAAGAGUGCUAAAGUAGAAGUUUGGCUUCCUGCUCCUCCACAUCCAACUCAAAGCAAUGAUACUGUUGUUAUCUAUUGGAAAGCCCUCGUAUGUACUCAUUGUUUUCAAUGGACACCAACAAAACUUAUUUUCAACAGUACAAAUUUUUUCAAAAGACAAAUUUUAACCAUAACUCGCGUCGAAGACUCAGAAGAAAUACUCUUAAUUCCGUUCUGCUCUGGCGGAGGUUAUGAUAAAGUGCCAUGUUACGCUAUGUACUUACCAAUUUAUUGA